CAUUUUAAAAGUCUUAUGUUUGCUUUCCGAAUGUUCACUUCUUAAAAUAGCAUGUUCUUUCACAAAUACAAUAUCUGAAGUCUCUGAGGAUAUUAAUGAUUUUUUUUUUUUUUUGGUCUUGAUUUCUCCUUGAUGCAUUGCUUCUGUUUCCUCUUUGUUAUUUAUUUUUUCUCCUUGCUUAUGUUGGUUUCUGUCUUUUGCAUCAAAGGUUUUCUUCAUGUAUCUGAUGACUGUCUGUCUGCUCAUACUUAAGAGUGUGAUACUAAAUGUUUUUCUAGAAACUCUGUGAACAUGGGUAUGGUCUUCACCAAGGGGGAUCUGGCCGGCCUAUUUCCUCCAGAGAAUUCUCAAUGUUAGUAUCUUCCGGUUUCCUCUCUUGGGUUUGUCAGAUACCUCAGAAGUUCUUCCAAUUUCCCCCAUGGAACAUACGUUCCUGCUUGCCAAGGUCUGGCAGCUGAAAGAGCCAAGUAGGGAAGAACUGAAAUCUAAAUAUUUCAUAAACUGCUGGCUGUAGCCUCUUCAGUCAUGAGGGACAGACAAUAGCUCAGUUGGCGGUGAGGGGCCUGCAGCACUUGCUUGUAGUUGGGAUGAGUUUGCCCCUGAAUCACAAACCUUUCCUGAACGGAUUAAUAGGAAAGCCAGUAAAGGUGAAACUUAAGUGGGGAAUGGAGUAUAAAGGCCACCUGAUAUCUGUAGAUAGCAUGCAGCUUGCAAACGGAAGAAUACAUAGAUGGGGCAUUGUAUGGACAUUUGGAUGAAGCUUUUCUUUAAUGUUUAUUUAGUUAUUCAGAGAGAGAGAGAGAGCAGGUGAGGGGCAGAGAG